GAUGCUUUCGAGGCUGAUCGAGCUGUGUUAGAGGACUCAUCAUGCCAACAGUGAAUUUUUUUUUUUCUCUGUUCAUUCUUGGUUAUCUAAUUUCAACAAUAACGGCACUGGUACCGAUCCCGGACCAUCAUAUAUUCGCGGAAGUUUGGCAGCAGAAUCGAAGGAUUUUGAAAGACAACUCUCUCAAUGACCGGUGCAGGGACAAACCGAUUGAUGAAGACGAUGUUCGCUGUCCAUGGCUUCUCCCAUUCAACUAUCGCAUUGCAGGGGAGCAAUGCAAGGAUAUGUGGGAAAAAUUUAAGAAUCUAUCACAGAGAGAAGUCGACUAUGCCUGUCCAUCGCCCAGAGAGCCCAAGUGCCGACGAUGCGGUAAAGUUCGUUUUGGGUGUACAUUCAUGUGCAAACCACGCGAUGUAGAGAUACGAGCAGACCAGUAUCACAGCCGGCCGAUCAGGCGAGUCCGUAAAUGCAGACACGCCUCGGAUAUCGUAACGUUGUUGAAUCUUUGAGAUCGACCCCUAGGCCGACCUUUUGCCAGGGUUGAAAUGUUUUAUUAUAAAUAAAAUCUUGAAAUUUCAGGCGAGAUAUUUCAUGAAAUUUCAGAAAAAUACUGAGAAAUAUUUUUCGAAAUUGAAUGCAAAAUUAAAUAAAAGGCGACUGGUUUUGGAUUUUAGGUGUUUUUUAGGGCGCGUUGCAUACUCAGCCCCUGAAAAUAUGUUUCAUAUUUUUCACGACUUUGUGGAAUUUCACGAAUUAUUUCACAGAAAUUUUCAAUA